UCUUUACAGUAUGUUAUGACCGUCAGUAUCGGCAAUCCUGCGACUGAGUACAAUCUAAUAGUGGACACAGGCUCAGCCAAUACAGUUGUUGGGGCUUCAAAGAUAUACAAAGUUACUUCAACUUCAUCUGACCUAUCUAGUACAUUUGAAGUUGCAUAUGAAGGCAGUCAAGUGUCAGGAAAACUUUAUAAGGAUAGUGUUACACUUUCACCUUCGCUGGCCAUAUCACAGCAAAUCAUAGGCGUCGCUACCCAAGCCAACGGAAUUGAUAGCGUUGAUGGGAUACUUGGCUUAGGACCUGUCGAUCUUUCUCUAGGUACAUCCUCUAAUCAACAUAAUAUUCCAACCGUUGUGGACAAUCUCUUCGCGCAGGGAACUAUGAAUUCAAACGAGUUUGCUUUAUCUUUCCGCCCUUGUACCGGGGCAUCAGUAAAGAAUGGCUAUAUCACAUUUGGAGGCAUUGAUAGCGGUGAAUUCACCGGUGCUAUUACAUACACGCCUGUUACCCAAACAUCACCAGCAUCCACAUUUUGGGGUAUUGAUGCGUCUGUUGACUAUGGAGCAGGAAAAACUUCUAUCUUGAAGACUACCGCUGGUAUCGUAGAUUCAUCAACAAGUUUGCUUCUAUUAGCCACCGAUGCAUUCAAAGCCUAUCAAGCGGCCACCGGUGGAGUUUUAGACAGCGUCACUGGUCUGCUCAGCGUAACUUCAGAUCAAUAUAACGCUCUACAAUCGCUUUACUUCAAUAUCGCAGGCGAAGUAUAUGAACUUGCUCCAAAUGCUCAAAUCUUCCCUCGAGGACUCAACUCACAAAUUGGCGGGGAAUCUGGUAAAAUUUAUCUUAUUGUGAGUGACCUUCGCUCGCCAUCUGGCUCAGGGCUGGACUUUAUCCUUGGAAAAGCAUUUUUAGAACGAUUUUACGUUGCUUUUGAUACUACCAAUAGACGAAUUGGUUUUGCAACAACAGAACACACUCUGGCAACUACCAAUUAAAUCGUCAUGACAAUGUUUUUAUUUUGAAAUAAAGUUAGAACGAGC